CUCCGCCAUAGGUCAUAGUCAUCUAUAUAUACAGUCUGAAAGUCAUCCAUCCUUCCGACCACCCACAAUGGUCAUGGCCGAGGGACACACCCACUUGAGCCGAAGCACGGUCCUUGUUACCGGUGGAUCCGGGGGCCUCGCCAGCCGGAUCCUCCAGCUCUUCGCGGAGCGUGGCUGCAACCAUCUCCACUCCCUUGACCUUCGAGAACCAUCUCACCAUCUCCCCGGAGUGAGCUAUCAUACCGGGGACUUGACUGACGCCGACGCGAUACGCCAACUGUUCCAAGAUGUGCAACCCGAGACCGUCAUCCAUACCGCCAGCCCGAAGUUCGAUUCUCCGAACCCCAUCAUGUACAAAGUCAACGUGGAGGGCACCCGAACCCUCCUCCAGAUUGCGCGAGAAGCGGGCACUCAAUGCUUCGUAUACACCAGCUCAGCCAGCGUCAUCAGCGACGCCCAGACGGAUCUGAUAAACGCCGACGAGACCUUCCCCGUCCUCCUCGAGGAGGGGCAACAGCCGGAAUUCUACGUCUACACCAAGGCCCUCGCAGAGUCCUAUGUGCUGUCCCAGAACCAGCGCCGAGCCUCCAACCCCUUCCUAACCUGCGCUAUCCGGCCCUCGGGCAUCUUCGGUGUCGGCGACCUCGUCGUGCUCCCGGGCAUCCUGGACGCGUAUUUCCGCGGUCAGACCAGGUGGCAGAUCGGCGACAAUCAGAACCGCUUCGACUUUACCGAGAACACGAAUGUCGCGCACGCGCAUUACCUGGCUGCCGCGGCGCUGCUGGCCCAACUCUCGAAAAGUCCCGACUCGCCGGAUGAGGAUCGUGACGAUGAUGACGAUGAUGACACGACAAAGGUAGAUGGGGAGGCCUUUUUCAUAUCCAACGACGAGCCGCGAUGCUUCUGGGACUUCACGCGGCUGGUGUGGAGGUUCGCAGGGGAUACGACGCGGCGCGAGCAGGUGUGGGUGAUCCCACGGCCGUGGGCAUUCCGCCUGGCCGGCUUCCUGGAGUGGGUCUUCUGGGCACUGGGUCUGGGCCAGCCCCCGUUGACCCGGACCAAAGUGCGGCUCAGCUGUAUGACGCGGUACUUUUGCAUCGACAAGGCGAAGACGCGGCUUGGGUAUCGGCCGGUGGUGGGGCUGGAGGAGGGCCUGCAGCGAGCGGUGGAAGACUGCUUGAGUCGGCGGGCCACUGAGGGCUUGAAGAAGUUCUCUUGA